GCUUUAGCAAGCUACUUGACUCGGCAAGUUUUGACGGUAAAGUUUUUGCUCUGAAGUGCUAACACGAGAGGCUUGAAAAGACAUCGAAUUUCGAACAGUAUCUUCAAGUUUUGGUUAAUAAUGGGUUCGGCACGCUACGAUCGCGCUAUUACAGUAUUUUCCCCGGAUGGUCAUCUUUUUCAAGUCGAAUAUGCCCAAGAGGCUGUAAAAAAAGGAUCUACUGCUGUCGGUGUACGUGGGAAGAAUUUGGUAAUCUUGGGAGUUGAAAAAAAAUCUGUUGCUAAGCUACAAGAAGAGAGGACAGUUCGGAAAAUCUGCCUACUUGAUGAUCAUGUGGUGAUGGCAUUUGCAGGAUUGACAGCCGAUGCACGUAUUUUGAUCAACAGGGCAAGAAUAGAAUGCCAAUCCCACAAACUAACAGUUGAGGAUCCUGUUACGUUGGAGUACAUAACAAGAUAUAUUGCAGGUUUGAAACAGAGAUAUACACAGAGCAAUGGGAGACGUCCGUUUGGCAUCUCUUGUUUGCUCGCUGGGUUUGAUUUUGAUGGUACCCCUCAUUUAUAUCAAACAGACCCUUCUGGAACAUAUCACGAAUGGAAGGCUAACGCAACAGGGCGGAACGCUAAAACGGUGCGUGAAUUUCUAGAGAAGAACUAUAACCUCGAGGAGAUGGAAGAUGAAGAAAAGGUUAUAAAGCUCGCUAUUCGUGCACUGCUGGAAGUGGUACAGUCAGGAAGUAAGAAUCUAGAGUUGGCGAUAAUGAGGCGUGGCCAGCCAAUGAAGAUGUUAGAAGUAGACGAGAUCGAAAAGCAUGUCGCUGCUGUUGAGAAAGAGAAGGAAGAAGAAGCAGAAAAGAAGAAACAAAAGAAGUAACUCUUGAAAUACUACGAAUUUGUGAUGCUGCAUCGCAAACCGAUACAAAUAAAUAAACCAUGGGCUAACGAA